AUGACUCAUGGGCCUCAAGUUUCAUUUCGGGUGGCAGUGGCACCCAACCCUAACACAGGCUACAUUUCCAGGGGAGCAUAUCAGCUUAUGACUUCUCAUGCUUCGAUUACUACGGAUGCUGCGGAAAACCUCAUCUGGCACUCUCAGGUUACUUUGAAGGUUUCCAUUUUCGCGUGGAGUUUAUUGCGUGACAGGUUGCCCACGAGAGUAAACCUGGUUACUCGAGGUGUUUUAUCUCCUACAGCUCACACUUGUGUUUUUGGAUGUGGAGCGGCCGAGUCGGCCCAUCAUUUAUUCAUCUCAUGCAACACUGUUGGAUCUCUGUGGGAUUUAUUUCGUUCAUGGAUUGACAUUCCUUUGGUGGAUUUCACUACAUUGCAUGAUCACUUUGUCCAGUUUACAUCUUCAGCAGGUGGAUCUCGAGCGCAUCGAUCUUUUUUGCAGCUCAUUUGGCUUACUUGUGUUUGGGUUGUAUGGACGGAGAGAAAUCAUUGA